AACGCCUUUGCUUGCACUGCCCCUUUAAAUUCAUCAUGGCUGCCGCUUGAGGCAAUUGUUUUGACGGCUCUGAAGGGCGGGGCCUGCUCCCUAGUCACGCGACCUCAUAGGUGUCUGGGGAUUGGCUCUGACUAAGCUGAGAGAGGAAAGCAGGUGUGUCUCCAGCUGGGGGUCCAGGCGUUGCCCGCCUCUCUGACGUUAUCAGGGACGGACGGCGCCUGGAGCGCUUAACGUCAUCCGAGAGCGCCAGGCGGUCUGUCUGAAGGUAAAGGAGGCGUGCUGAGCCCGGAGGAGCUUGGCCUCCCGGAUGGCUCUGUGGGCGCUGACCCGGGCUCUGGGCUCUCUGAGCCUGGCGCCUCCUGCCGCCGCUGUCCCAGCCCAGAAUCUACUCCCCGCCGCCCAGGUGAUGAGCAAUGCCCUCUUCCAACUGCCCUCUGCCUUGACAUUGCUCCCCUGCCGCCCCAUUCUUACUUCUGUGGCCCUUAGUGCCAAGUUUGUGUCCUGGAAGAGUCGUACCAAGUACACCAUUAUCCCAGUGAAGAUGAGGAAGUCCGGAGGUCGAGAUCACACAGGCCGCAUCCGAGUGCAUGGUAUUGGCGGGGGCCACAAGCAGCGAUAUCGCAUGAUUGACUUCCUACGUUUCCGGCCGGAGCAGGAGACCAAGCCAGGACCCUUUGAGGAGAAGGUUGUCAGAGUCCGCUAUGAUCCCUGUAGGUCAGCAGACAUUGCUCUGGUUGCUGGAGGCAGCCGGAAACGCUGGAUCAUUGCCACAGAAAACAUGCAGGCUGGAGAUACAAUCUUGAACUCUGACCAUAUAGGCCGAAUGGCAGUUGCUGCUCGAGAAGGGGAUGCACAUCCUCUUGGGGCAUUGCCUGUGGGGACUCUCAUCAACAACGUGGAAAGCGAACCAGGCCGGGGUGCCCAGUAUAUCCGAGCUGCAGGGACAUGUGGUGUGCUGCUGCGGAAGGUGAAUGGGACAGCCAUCAUCCAGCUGCCCUCCAAGAGGCAGAUGCAGGUGCUGGAAACGUGCACGGCAACGGUAGGCCGAGUGUCCAACGUUGACCACAACAAACGCGUGAUUGGCAAGGCUGGUCGCAACCGCUGGCUGGGCAAGAGGCCCAACAGUGGGCUAUGGCACCGCAAGGGGGGCUGGGCUGGCCGGAAGAUUCGACCACUGCCCCCCAUGAAGAGUUACGUGAAGUUGCCCUCCGCUGCUGCCCAAAGCUGAUACCUGUGGAUUCUAAUAAAAUGCCCCCCCCCGCA